AUGGGCCAUUUAUCUUCGAUGUUCAAUGGGCUCGCGAGGUCUCUCUCGAUGAAGAUAAGUAAAAAUUUGAAGAACAAUUGUGAGACUUAUGAUUCAAGGGAUGUUGUUGAGUCGAUGGCUAAGGAUGCGAAGAAAAACGAUUUGAUAUUGAAGAACUCGGGCAUUAUCGAUGUCGAUGGGUCGAAUAAUUUAGCGUCCGUUUUCUCAAAGAGAGGAGAAAAAGGCGUUAAUCAAGAUUGCUGCAUAGUUUGGGAGGAAUUCGGAUGCCAAGAAGACAUGAUUUUUUGCGGGAUAUUUGAUGGGCACGGCCCAUGGGGACAUUUUGUAGCAAAAAACGUUCGAAAAUCCAUGCCUUCAUCUCUACUUUGCAAUUGGCAAGAAACUCUUGCAGAGGCCUCUUCUGAUCCCGAUUUCGAUUGGGAUUCGGAGAAAAAAAGCAACAGGCUCGAUAUAUGGAAGCACUCGUAUUUGAAGACUUGUGCAGCUGUUGAUCAGGAGCUCGAGCAGCACCGAAAAAUCGAUGCUUUCAACAGUGGGACCACUGCUUUGACUAUUGUUAGACAGGGAGACAUUAUCUACUUAGCAAACGUUGGAGAUUCACGUGCUGUAUUUGGCACCACUUCCGAGAGUGGAAACUUGGUGGCCGUUCAGCUCACAGUCGACUUCAAACCAAAUCUGCCUCAGGAGGCGGAGCGGAUAAGCCAGUGCCAGGGUCGAGUCUAUUGUCUGGAUGACGAGCCGGGUGUUCAUAGGGUGUGGCUGCCCCACGAUAACUCUCCUGGACUAGCAAUGUCCCGAGCAUUCGGGGACUAUUGUGUGAAGGAUUUUGGACUUAUAUCCGUGCCCGAGGUGACUCAUAGGCACAUCACAAGCAAAGACCAAUUCAUAGUGCUAGCAACCGAUGGGGUUUGGGAUGUCGUGUCUAAUCAAGAAGCCGUGCAAAUUGUAUCAACGAGCCCCGACCGGGCGAAAUCGGCCAAGCGUUUAGUCAAAUGUGCGGCUCGUGCUUGGAAGAGGAAGAGAAAGGGAAUAGCUAUGGAUGAUAUAUCAGCAAUUGUACUCUUUUUUCAUUCAUCUCCUCUAUGUGGGGAAAUUCAAAUUCAAGAUGCACCUUUAUAG